AUGAUCAAAGAAGGCCCGCAGGGUGCAGGCUUGGACGCCUGUAAGACACUUGUCCGAGGAAGUCAAGCAUGUAUGCAAAACCUGCGCACGGCUAUCAACACUUUGCAGACUGAAGAUACGGCCCAGCAAACUCAUCGCUUAACUGCGAUUAGCGGUACAAGAGCCUUGGCUGCGGUCGAUGGUGGAGGACGAAACUCCAAUCGCGGACGUGGACGUGGUCGUGAUCGUGAUAAUGGUGGUCGUGAUCGUGGUGGUCGUAAUCGUAAUCGUAAUCAACAUGGACGUGGUGGGGGUCGCGGACGAGGUGGUAGUCGCGACCACGAUGGUACUGUAUGGUCCGAUGAUGGUACGACCAUCCUCAACAACGGUGGAUACUCCCAAGACACUUGGAGCCGUUUCUCUGAUCGUGAUCGCCGUGUUGUUCUCCAAGCCCGUGAACGUGCUAACAGUCGUCUUAUGAGUGAACGUGACAUUGCAGAAUUGAACUCUUUGCAUGAACAAAAUCGUGACCGCCAACAAAAUGACAAACCUGCACCAACACCAGCUCCAGCACCCUCUUCUGGCAACGUUGGUAUUGGCGUUCGACGUGGCCGUCGCUGA